UCUAACGACUACUACAAAGCUUUGAAACCGAGAGCAGAGUCCAGCGACACGACGAAGCCAAGACUGAAACUCCGUUCAGUUACCACAGAUCCAGGAACAACCUUUGAUUCCAUCUCCCUAGAAUGUCGGAGAAGCCCUUCAAUCUCAUCCACAAAUUCGAACAAGAAUACGGGAGGGACGCCUAUGGAUUCGCUCUGAGACCUCAGCAUGUUCAAAGAUAUAUAGAGUACGCCAAUAUCUAUCAGGAAGAGGAAGAGGAAAGAUCGCAAAAAUGGAAGAAUUUCAUUGAGCACCAAAAAGCUUCUCAACAAAACUCUCCUGAGGAGAAAUAUAAGGAGUCGCUGCAUGCUGAAGCCGCUAAGUUGAAUGAGGAGACAGUUUCACUGAAGAGUGAAGGGAGCAAAGCUGAAACUACUGAGCUGAACGAGACAACUGUGCCAGAGAUAGACAACCAAGGGAACAAGGCUGAAGCUACUAAGUUGAUAGAGGACACUAUAUCAAGGAGUGGAAGUGAAGCGGACAAGGGUGAAGACAGGAAGUUGAAAGAGGAGAUUUUUCCAGAGAGAAGUAGGAGAGAGAACCAGUGUGAAAAUACUGAGACUGUUUCAGAGAGGGGCAUAGAAGUAGACAAUGCUCGGGCUGUCGAGUUGAAAGAAGAGACUGUGUCAGAGAGGAGUGUGGAAGUAGAUAAUAAGGCUGGAGCUAUUGACUUGAAAGUAGAGACUGUUUCAGAGAGGGGUGUGGAAGUAGACAAGGUUGAAGCUACUCAGUUGAAAGAAGAGACUGUUUCAAAGAGAGGUAAGGAAGGGGAUGAUUCAAGUGGGAACUCUGAUUCUGAUGGUUCAACUAAACUUGACCCCAAAAAGGAGCAACUUUCAAAAGAAACAAAGCCCCGUGAGGUCCAAACAUGGGCUCGGAUUAGACCAUCCCUAUAUUCCAUUGAGAGUAUGAUGAGUUUUCGUGUGAAGAGGAGAAAGGACAUGAGAGGUGAGCAGAUAACCAAAAGUGAAGACCAUCUUCCAUCAAUAGAUGAAGCAGGAUCUUUGGAAGAGGAAUCUGAAGAGGGCAUUAAGGAAAAAUUAUGUGUUACUGAGACGCCGAAUGAGACUUUAAGUGCCUGCUAUGAAAAAAGUGCUCCACAAAAUGAUGUCUCACCAGAGCCAUACUUUCCUUGGAAAGAGGAACUGGAGUGCCUUGUUCGUGGGGGAGUGCCGAAGGAUCUCAGGGGAGAGGUAUGGCAGGCAUUUGUUGGUGUUAAGGCGCGACGGGUGGAGAGAUAUUACGAGGAUUUGCUGGCUCAAGUAACCAAUGCCGGUGAAAGCAAAGAGCAUGAUAAUACAUCAGGUGUACCCAAGAAAUGGAAAAGGCAGAUUGAGAAGGACAUACCACGGACUUUUCCAGGCCAUCCUGCUUUGAAUGAGAACGGUAGGGAUUCCUUGAGACGUUUACUUUUAGCAUAUGCUCGACAUAAUCCUUCUGUUGGGUACUGCCAGGCAAUGAAUUUCUUUGCUGGCAUAUUGCUACUUCUGAUGCCAGAGGAGAAUGCAUUUUGGACCUUUGUCGGCAUUAUUGACGAUUAUUUUGAUGGGUACUAUACAGAAGAAAUGAUUGAAUCUCAGGUGGACCAACUUGUUUUUGAGGAGCUGAUCCGCGAAAGAUUGCCUAGAUUGGUUAAUCAUCUGGAUUACUUGGGAGUGCAGGUGACAUGGAUCUCUGGACCUUGGUUCCUUUCCAUUUUUGUGAAUAUGCUUCCUUGGGAAAGUGUUCUUCGAGUUUGGGAUGUUCUUCUUUAUGAAGGAAAUCGUGUUAUGCUAUUCCGGACAGCCCUUGCAUUGAUGGAGUUAUUUGGUCCUGCAUUAGUUACAACUAAAGAUGCCGGGGAUGCCAUUACUUUGUUGCAAUCCCUAGCUGGAUCAACAUUUGAUAGCAGCCAGCUUGUUUUUACUGCUUGCAUGGGCUAUUUGACAGUGACUGAAGCCAAAUUGCAAGAGUUGAGAGAAAAGCAUAGACCUGCUGUAUUAGUGGUAGUAGAGGAAAGAUCAAAAGGGGGUCAGGUUUGGAAGGAUUCAAAGGGGCUUGCAUUGAAGCUGUAUAGUUUUAAGCAUGACCGUGAAUCAGUUGUCGAAGAAAAUAAGACCAUUGAAGAGUUAGGUGGUGUACUUGCAGGUAGAGAUAUUUCUCAUUCGGAGCCUCCUUCAUCAAAUGUAGAUGAUUUGCAUGGUGACACAACGAUCUACUCUGAAGUAGAUUCACUACCAGAUCUUCAAGAACAGGUGGUUUGGUUGAAAGUGGAGUUGUGCAGGGUGCUGGAGGAGAAAAGAUCUGCUGUACUAAGAGCUGAAGAGCUGGAGACAGCACUUAUUGAGAUGGUCAAACAAGACAAUCAACGUGAAUUGUGUGCAAGGAUUGAGCUGUUGGAGCAAGAGGUGGCUGGGCUACAGCAAUCUCUAGAUGACAAGAGAGAACAAGAAUCUGCAAUGCUUCAGGUCCUUCUGCGGGUAGAGCAAGAGCAAAGAAUAACUGAAGAUGCUCGCAGAAAUGCAGAGCAAGAUGCAGCCGCUCAGAGAUAUGCAGUUAACGUGCUUCAGGAAAAAUAUGAGAAGGCUAUGGCUUCGGUUGCUCAGAUGGAGAAGAGGGUGGUUAUGGCAGAAUCAAUGCUAGAGGCUACCUUGCAAUAUGAAUCUGGCCAAGCUAAAGCAGUAUCUUCUCCAGGGCCUUUGAAAAACCAUGGAGCCCCAGUUGACAGCCCCAAAAGAAAGAUAGGUCUAUUUGGACUUGGUUGGCCCGACAGAAACAAGGGAAGGACAAAUAAUGGGGAGGAGUCCAGCAACAACAAUCCACCUACAAGAGAUUAAACUGAACCACUCUGCAAAAAGAAGCUAAUUCCCAGACCUUAAUGAGAAUUCAGAUGAUUAAUAGCUUCACUGCCAUUACAUUCUUGUAAGUUAUGGCCUGCAAUCUAAGACCUCACUGCCCUGAUAUUGUUGUGGUUAAUUACUUCCCUAAGCUCCCUUGUAGCAAUUACACUAGUGGGUAAGGACGUCGAGCCAUAUUGCUCCUGUAUUUACGUCAGUUAUAUUUUUCCUCUCUAGACAGAGCUGUAAAUUAUCAUUGUUUCAAACAAUCAAAGAGGGUUUUUAAAAAAAAACCAGUGAUCUCCAUUUUCAACAAAUUGAGUUCACAGUUCUGUAUAAAAUGAUUUUUUACAGAGCACGUAGCCAUGAUAGGAAAUGUUUUUCGUUAAUUCUAAUUCUACUGCAAUAUUCACAUGG